UGUGUGACUGUGUCUCUGGCGGUGUCAAUGGCUCCUCCUGCCGCGGACAGACGGGGCUCACGGGAGGGGAUCGGAUCGGGGCUGCUGUGAGAGAACGACAGCCGAGCGCCAGCAGGUACCGGCCGCAGGGAGGGGGGGACACCGGAAACCGACCGACUAAACAGCCACCAGCACCACUGCAGGGCGCCUCCCCCGCACGGCAGACACAGGGCGAGCCCAGCAGCCAGGAGCCCGGUGUGCGGCCCUCAGUCAGCAAAUGAACUCGGUCAGAGCAGCCAACAGGAGACCCAGGCGAGUGUCCAGGCCGCGCCCGGUGCAGCCGGAGAGAAACAACGCCGGGGAGCGGGAUGAAGUGCCUGCAGACAUGGUUGCAGAAGAAUCAGGUCCUGGUGCACAGAAUAGUCCAUAUCAACUUCGCAGAAAAACUCUUGUCCCUAAAAGAACCGCUUGUCCAACAAAGAGCAGUAUGGAGGGUGCUUCCACCUCAACAACUGAAAACUUUGGCCAUAGAGCAAAACGUGCCAGAGUGUCUGGGAAAUCCCAGGAUCUGCCUGCAGCCCCUGCAGAGCAAUAUCUUCAAGAAAAACUACCAGAUGAGGUGGUUCUGAAGAUCUUUUCUUACCUGCUGGAGCAGGAUCUUUGUAGAGCAGCUUGUGUGUGCAAGCGUUUCAGCGAACUUGCAAAUGAUCCGAUUUUGUGGAAACGAUUGUAUAUGGAAGUAUUUGAAUAUACACGUCCAAUGAUGCAUCCUGAACCUGGGAAAUUUUUUCAAAUUAACCCUGAAGAAUAUGAGCAUCCAAACCCUUGGAAAGAAAGCUUUCAGCAAUUGUAUAAAGGUGCACAUGUUAAACCAGGAUUUGCAGAACAUUUUUACAGUAACCCUACAAGAUACAAAGGGAGAGAAAAUAUGUUGUACUAUGAUACAAUUGAAGAUGCUUUGGGUGGCGUUCAGGAAGCUCAUUUUGAUGGACUCAUUUUCGUCCAUUCUGGAAUCUACACGGAUGAAUGGAUUUACAUAGAGUCUCCUAUAACGAUGAUUGGUGCAGCACCAGGAAAAGUUGCAGACAAGGUCAUAAUAGAAAACACUAGAGACUCAACGUUUGUAUUUAUGGAGGGGUCAGAAGAUGCCUAUGUUGGUUACAUGACAAUUAGGUUUAACCCUGAUGAUAAAUCAGCCCAGCACCAUAACGCUCAUCACUGCUUAGAAAUAACAGUGAACUGCAGUCCUGUCAUUGACCACUGUAUCAUUCGUAGUACCUGCACAGUUGGUUCUGCUGUCUGUGUCAGUGGCCAAGGAGCCUGUCCAACCAUCAAACACUGUAACAUCAGUGACUGUGAAAACGUAGGGCUAUAUAUUACAGAUCAUGCGCAGGGGAUAUACGAAGACAACGAAAUCUCCAACAAUGCGCUUGCUGGUAUUUGGGUUAAAAAUCAUGGCAACCCUAUAAUUAGAAGGAAUCACAUACAUCACGGACGAGAUGUUGGUGUAUUCACAUUUGACCACGGCAUGGGUUAUUUUGAAAGCUGCAACAUACACAGAAAUAGAAUAGCAGGCUUUGAAGUGAAAGCCUAUGCCAAUCCCACAGUGGUAAGAUGCGAAAUUCACCACGGACAGACGGGAGGCAUCUAUGUCCAUGAAAAAGGAAGAGGCCAGUUCUUGGAGAACAAAAUCUAUGCAAACAAUUUUGCAGGUGUUUGGAUUACCUCAAAUAGUGACCCGACCAUAAGGGGAAAUGCAAUUUUUAAUGGAAAUCAAGGUGGAGUGUACAUAUUUGGUGAUGGAAGAGGCCUUAUAGAAGAAAAUGACAUUUAUGGUAAUGCUUUAGCAGGCAUACAAAUACGUACAAACAGCUGCCCUAUUGUGAGACACAACAAAAUUCAUGAUGGUCAGCAUGGUGGAAUCUAUGUGCAUGAAAAAGGACAGGGUGUAAUUGAGGAAAAUGAAGUGUACAGUAAUACUUUGGCUGGUGUUUGGGUGACAACAGGGAGCACUCCAGUGUUACGGAGGAACCGAAUACACAGUGGGAAGCAAGUUGGUGUUUACUUCUACGACAAUGGCCAUGGAAUACUAGAAGAUAAUGACAUCUAUAACCAUAUGUAUUCUGGGGUUCAAAUACGAACUGGAAGCAACCCCAAGAUUCGACGGAAUAAAAUCUGGGGAGGGCAGAAUGGUGGAAUACUUGUUUAUAAUUCUGGCCUUGGAUAUAUAGAAGACAAUGAAAUAUUUGACAAUGCAAUGGCAGGAGUAUGGAUCAAAACAGACAGCAACCCUACGCUACGAAGAAACAAAAUUCACGAUGGGAGAGAUGGCGGAAUCUGUAUAUUUAAUGGAGGCAGAGGAGUGCUUGAAGAGAAUGACAUCUUCAGAAAUGCUCAAGCAGGUGUGCUCAUCAGCACGAACAGUCACCCGAUUUUGAGAAAAAACAGGAUAUUUGAUGGAUUUGCAGCAGGUAUUGAAAUUACAAAUCACGCUACUGCAACCCUGGAAGGCAAUCAGAUCUUCAACAACCGCUUUGGAGGAUUAUUUCUAGCAUCUGGUGUCAAUGUUACUAUGAAAGAUAAUAAAAUAAUGAACAAUCAAGAUGCCAUAGAAAAAGCAGUCAAUAGAGGCCAAUGCCUAUAUAAGAUAUCAAGUUAUACCAGUUAUCCAAUGCAUGACUUCUACAGAUGUCACACCUGCAAUACCACAGACCGUAACGCCAUAUGUGUGAACUGCAUUAAGAAGUGUCACCAAGGACAUGACGUAGAAUUUAUUAGACAUGAUAGGUUUUUCUGUGACUGUGGUGCUGGAACAUUGUCUAAUCCUUGUACAUUAGCUGGAGAACCCACACAUGACACAGACACUCUAUAUGACUCUGCUCCACCUAUAGAAUCUAAUACUUUGCAACACAACUGAACUCUUUCUUGAAGGGGGGAGUCCUGCCAUCAUAAACCUCUUCUUUUGUGGAAAAAAAACACAAAAAAUUGCCCAUUUCUGGAAGACUGAGAUGUUUAUAUGAGCAAACUUAAAACUGCCAAAUAAAUAUAUAAAGGAAGUAGAGAUGGAAGAGGCAAUAUAUUGACUCAGGAUAAAAAGGAAGAACUGGGCAUUUUAAGCAUUACUCUGGACUCAAGACUUUAAGGACUUACGUGAGGAAAAUAAGCUGCAGAUUUGUACUGACACCACAGUAAGCUGGUGUUUCCACAAGUAGUGUUGUAAGGCAGUCCAAUUUGCAGUAGUACUAUUCUGUAGACAGGCAGCAGUGGUCAUUGCUGUUGCCCUUAUGGGCAUGGGUACCAAUUGCUUUUUGUAACAUGGUAAAUGUGAGCUAGCACUUCUGCAUUUUUUUUUUUUUUUAACAUGUAUUCAGAUUGAGAUAUUUUAAUGCUUUAAUCUCAUGUAGGUUUUUUUUUUAAUUUUAAUUUCAAGCAAACUUAUUGUACUUGAACGUGUCCUGUUUUGUUAGUACACCAUAGAAUUGCUGUAAACUGUACUCAUGUCCCAGUAUCUACGUUCUUUCUAUGAAAGAGAAAAAACACUAAUCUUAAUCCAGCAAUUUUUCUGGUAUCCUUUUGGAGAGUUAGAAUGUUGUCUCCUUUCCACUUGUAACCCCCUUCAACAGUCCUUGUAUACAAGAACAUGGGAUGUCAGGCCCUCCAGCUGUAAUUUCCUUUGGCUUUUGGGUAGUUCUACUCCAACAGAUGGAGGGGGUCAGACUUGGACUCCCAGGUCAUUGACCAUUGUCCAUAGGAGACAUUGUAAAGAUGCACUGAUGCUGCGUGUGGAUACUUCCAUCACUCCCCUUGGGAUCUGGCGGGUGUUAACUUUGGUUAAAAGUUUACUGUAAAGUUUCUGAAAUCCUAUGUUACUGUUCAUUUUUAUUUGAACAGCCUGGAACUUGUACACUUGCUGGAAAUUUAGAACAAUUUCCUGCUCUUAUGAAGCUGAGACAAACCUAUAUACAGCUCUACACAGUUUCAUAGCUUUUGUGUUUUUAUUUUUUAUUUUCCAUUUAUAUGUAUUGGUGACAGUGGAUAAUCAACAGCCUGAAAGUGUAUGCAUGUACCAUAACAUCUAGACUUAAUAUAUUGUGGAGUAUUCAAUAACCAUUAUGUAGAGGGUAGGUAUGAAUUAAAAGGGGUUUUAAUUUCCUAGGAAAGAAAAAAAAAAAUGGAAAUAUGGUCAUUUUUAAAAAAUAAAGUUUAUUAGAUCAUACCGUGUGAAAACCAGCCUUGUGAAUAAACACCAAAAACA